UUUCCUCACUUAUUUCUAUCUCGAUAAAAUUGGAGAGAUGGCAGAUGAGCGAAAUUUCCGUUCGCAGUAUUACGAAAAGGUUGGUUUUCGCAGUGUCGAAGAGAAAAAAUCUCUGGAGAUACUGCUAAAGGAACGUCCGCUUGACAAAACCAAAUUGAAGCAGUUUUGCUUGCGAUUCACUGUGCCUGUGGUAUAUAGAAAUUUCUUGUGGAAAGUUUUACUCGACAUUAUACCAGUUUAUGCAGAGAGUCAGGGCUUUAUAAUGGCUCAGCGCAAAAAAGAGUUUCAGGAUUUGCAAAGAGCAUUAAAAGUUGCAAAAAUUAUAGAUGAUUUUACGAAACCUCCUUUAAUAUUUCUAGCAAUGUGGCUGUUACGCAAAAGAAGAGCAAAAGUUGAUAUGACUGCUCAGUUAGAAUUGCCAUUAUACAGAGCUAUGAGUAAAAUGGCUGAAACGCUAUGGCAUGUGAUCGAUGUUGAAUCGGAAGAAGAAAAGCUAGUAGAUAUAUAUUGGAUAUUGACUGGACUUUUUGUGCAAGUUGAAAAACUGCAGAAAGAAGUAGGAAAAUUGCAAGACUGUACAUAUGCAUUAUUGGAAAAAGAGGACGUGGAAUUGUAUAAACAUCUUGUUAAAAUUGAUGCACUUUAUAAUCUUCCUUAUGAUAUGUGGUUUUAUUCAUGCUUUGCUGGCAUAAUAUGCAAUGGAUCUAUUGCUAAGAUAUGGGAUAAAAUAACGGUUGGUGCAUAUCGAAUUUUAAUAUUCGUUGCUGUAGUUACAUUAACUACAUUGAGGAGAUUAUUAUUAAGAUGUGAAAAUAUAGAUCAUGUAUUGGAGACUAUUAAUAAUAUAACAGAAGAAACAUCAGAAGUGAUAGUUAAUAAAGCAAUUGAAUCAAUACAACAAAGUGGAACAACUCAACAAGUUGACAUGUAUUUCACAAAGCAUAGUUAAUGUUUUGCAUAAGAUAAUGAUAUAAGAAUAUAUUUUACUCGACACAGUGCGUCUAACAAAACUAUCAAUAUUAAGUUAGUUAUUCUAGUCUUUUCAAAUUUAUCUCAUUUAAAUGCUGUGUAAAACUGAUUUUUAUUAUUAUUUACAACUUUAAUAUAUGAACAUUAUACUUGUGUGAACUUGAUUUUUAAUACAUCAAAUUUCUGAUAAA